AUGCAAAAUGAAAUAAUAAAAUCACUCACCGAGGUUGAAGCCAGACUUUCCAAAAACUUUGUCAGAUUUGUAAUCAGAGGAAAGAAAUGGAGAGGUGUACCUGUUCUACUUACACCAGUUUUGAAAGAAACAUUAGAUGUAAUAUUAAAUAGAAGAAGUUCUUUUGGUAUUUUGGAGUCAAAUCCUUAUAUUUUUGCUAUUCCUUACACCGUAGACGGAACUUACCGUGGGACAGAUUGUCUACGGAAAUCUGCAGACGCAUGUGGGGCUUCUGAUCCGGAUCAAUUGCGAUCUACUAAGCUACGAAAGCAUAUAGCUACUAUGUCCCAAUUACUGAACCUAUCAAACAGUGACAGAGAACAAUUGACAAACUUUAUGGGCCACGAUUUAGCAAUCCAUAAUGAAUAUUAUCGUUUACCAGAUGAAACAUUACAAAUAAGCAGAGUGAGCAAAAUUUUAUUGACCAUGGAGUCUGGAAAACUGCAUGAGCUUAAGGGAAAAUCUUUAGAAGAGUUCGACCAGUAUACGAUGCCUGUCAAUUUAUCAGACUCUGAAUUAGACGAAGAAACUGUUACAAGUAUUUAA